AUGCCGAUCAAGUACGGCGACUCCACCAUCCCGACCUGCUACGCCACCUGCAGCAUCGGCUUCAAAGACUCGCACACCCUCCCCCUAAAACUCAAAGCCAUCGCGGACGCCGGCUUCGACGCCAUCGAGCUCUCCAUGCCGGAAGUCCUCUCCUACGGUCAAAUGCUGCACGGCGUCAAGCCCGACCCCGCAGACUACGACACCCUUGUCUCUAUCGGGCGCGAAAUCAAGAGCCUAACCGCGCAGCACAACCUGCAAAUCCUUAUGCUGCAGCCCUUUGCCAAAUUCGAGGGCUGGCCCAAGGGCAGCAAGGAGCGCGAAGACGCCUUCGCCCGCGCGCGGGGCUGGAUCCGCAUCAUGGAAGCCGUCGGCACCAACAUGCUGCAAGUGGGGUCCUCGGACGCCGACGAUAUCUCGUCGUCCUUCGACGAGCUGGCCGCCGACCUGGCAGAGCUAGCGGACCUGUGCGCGGAGAAGGGAUUCCUGAUCGCGUACGAGAACUGGUGCUGGGCGACGCGCGCGCCGAGGUGGAAGGACGUGUGGCAAAUCGUGCAGAAGGCGAACCGGCCGAACCUGGGCAUGUGCUUGGAUACCUUUCAGAGCGCGGGAGGGGAGUGGGGCGACCCGACCACGAAGUCGGGCGUUGUCGAGGGCAUUUCGCGCGGGGAGCUGGAGAGCAGGUGGGGUGAGAGCUUGGCGGAGCUGUCGGUCACGGUGCCGGCGGACAGGAUUUACUUGUUGCAGAUCUCGGAUGCGUACAAAAUGGACACGCCGAUAGAAGCCAAGACCAACGAGGAUGGGUUGCGCCCGCGCGGGCAGUGGAGUCACCGUUAUCGCCCCUUGCCGUACGAUGGCGGGUAUCUCCCGGUGAAGGAAUUCCUCACAGCUGUGAUGGACACUGGGUUUAAUGGAUGGUUUUCCGUAGAGGUGUUUGAUCCAGGAGGACAGAAGAAGUCUGUCGACAUGGGUGAUUACAGUAAGAAAGCCAUGGACUCGCUGGGGAAGCUGUUGCAGUCGUGA